UGGCGCCAGGGAAGCCCGCGCUCGGGGCCCUUUAAGAGAAGCCCCGCCCCCGCGCCCGCCCCGCGAGCGAGCGCCGCAGCGGUCGCCAUGAUCUGUCUGGUGCUGACCCUCUUCGCCAACCUCUUCCCGGCGGCCUGCAGUGGCGUGCACGAGCGCACUUUCCUGGCUGUGAAGCCCGAUGGCGUGCAGCGGCGGCUGGUGGGUGAGAUCGUGCGGCGCUUUGAGAGGAAGGGCUUCAAGCUGGUGGCACUGAAGCUGGUGCAGGCCUCGGAGGAGCUGCUGCGGGAGCAUUAUGCGGAGCUGCGCGAGCGCCCUUUUUACAGCCGCCUGGUCAAGUACAUGGGCUCGGGACCCGUUGUGGCCAUGGUGUGGCAAGGGUUGGACGUAGUGCGUGCCUCACGAGCCCUCAUUGGGGCCACCGACCCUGGGGACGCCCUGCCUGGCACCAUCCGGGGAGAUUUCUGCGUAGAGGUUGGCAAGAACGUGAUUCAUGGCAGCGACUCAGUGGAGAGUGCACGCCGGGAGAUCUUGCUCUGGUUCCGCGCAGAGGAGCUUCUGUGCUGGGAGGACAGCGCGGGGCACUGGCUGUAUGAGUAGACGCGCUUGGGAUUCUGUGUCGCCAGCCCGAGGUAUCCCAGCGGGAUAGGGAAGUGGGUGCAAGUCCACCCAGGACAGUGGCCUCCGCUCAAAGUGCCCUCACUUUCGCUUCCUUCACCUUUUCAUAAUAAACUGCAGAAAACCC